UGCCCCGCCCCUCAGGCGUACGCGUGCGCGCAAGGCGCAGGCGCGCGGUUCCCGGUGGCACGCGAGACACCAGCUGCGGGACGCGGCGUACCGCUGAGGUACGAACCUGAGGUGAUGGAGCCGCCGAAGGUGGAAAAGUUCAGCACCGCCAACAGGGGAAACGGGCUGCGCGCCUUGGCGCAGCUGCGCCCGGGAGAGCUGCUCUUCCGCUCGGAUCCCUUGGCGUACACGGUGUGCAAGGGGAGUCGUGGCGUCGUCUGCGACCGCUGCCUCCUUGGGAAGGAAAAGCUGAUGCGGUGUUCUCAAUGCCGAGUUGCAAAAUACUGUAGUGCUAAGUGUCAGAAAAAAGCUUGGCCAGACCACAAGCGGGAAUGCAAAUGCCUUAAAAGCUGCAAACCCAGGUAUCCCCCGGAUUCUGUUCGACUGCUUGGCAGAGUUGUUUUCAAACUUAUGGAAGAAACACCGUCUGAAUCGGAGAAACUUUACUCAUUUUAUGAUCUGGAGUCAAAUAUUAACAAAAUCACUGAAGAUAAGAAAGAGGGCCUCAGGCAGCUGGUAAUGACAUUUCAACAUUUCAUGAGAGAAGAAAUCCAGGAUGCUUCUCAGCUGCCACCUUCCUUUGACAUUUUUGAAGCUUUCGCAAAAGUGAUCUGCAAUGCUUUCACCAUCUGUAAUGCGGAGAUGCAGGAAGUUGGUGUUGGCCUAUAUCCGAGUAUGUCUUUGCUAAAUCAUAGCUGUGACCCCAAUUGUUCCAUUGUGUUCAACGGGCCCCACCUCUUACUGCGAGCAGUCCGGGACAUCGAGGCAGGAGAGGAGCUCACCAUCUGCUACCUGGACAUGCUGAUGACCAGUGAGGAGCGCCGGGAGCAGCUGAGGGACCAGUACUGUUUCGAAUGUGACUGUUUGCGAUGCCAAACCCAAGACAAGGAUGCUGAUAUGCUCACUGGCGAUGAGCAAGUAUGGAAGGAAGUUCAAGAAUCCUUGAAAAAAAUUGAAGAACUGAAGGCACAUUGGAAGUGGGAACAGGUGCUGGCCAUGUGCCAGACGAUCAUCAGCAGCAACGCUGAACGCCUUCCCGAUAUCAACAUCUACCAGCUGAAGGUGCUCGACUGUGCUAUGGAUGCGUGCAUCAACCUCGGUCUGCUGGAGGAGGCCUUGUUCUACGGGAUCCGGACCAUGGAGCCAUACAGGAUUUUUUUCCCCGGAAGCCAUCCUGUCAGAGGGGUGCAGGUAAUGAAAGUGGGCAAACUACAGUUGCACCAAGGCAUGUUCCCCCAGGCGAUGAAGAACCUCAGACUGGCUUUUGAUAUUAUGAGAGUGACCCACGGCAGAGAGCACAGCCUGAUUGAAGAUUUGAUCCUACUUUUAGAAGAAUGUGACGCCAACAUAAGAGCAUCCUAAGGGGUGCAGUCAGAGGGAAGGACAGCUUCUACCCUUAUUGAAUGUCAUAUAGAGGUCACACAUUCUACACUGUUGUGCGAGCCUCCCUACUGGGAAUGUGAUUCUCUGUUCAUGUAGGUAAACAAAGGCAGACAUACAGUGUGCCAACCACAAGAAUCAUUCGUUGUAGAGAAGCACAAUUAUAAGAAAUAUACAAAAUUUGGUUGAAAAUGCCAUCUGGUAAUCGUUUGCUUCCUCAUUGGUUGACUUCAGUGUUUAAGAUCUCAACAUUCUCA